AUGGGCUCGACAGCGACAGCUGGCAUCUUUACUGCCGCCAAUGUGCCCCAGGCACCAGAGGACCCCUUGUUUGGGCUCAUGGCUGCGUAUCGCAAGGAUCCGUCUGAGAAAAAAGUCGAUUUGGGUAUUGGUGCUUACCGAGAUGACAACGCGAAGCCGUGGAUUUUGCCUGUUGUCAGGAAGGCAGACGACAUUCUCAAAAAUGAUCCAGAGCUCAACCAUGAAUACCUUCCCAUCGCAGGCUUGCCGCAAUAUACCAGUGCAGCUCAGAAACUGAUCCUUGGUGCUGACAGUCCUGCCAUCAAAGACAACAGAGUAGCAUCUUUCCAAACCAUCUCCGGUACAGGUGCCGUCCAUCUCGGCGCCCUCUUCCUCUCUAAAUUCCAUCCAAACCAACAACCCCGUCCGACCGUCUACCUGAGCGAUCCCACAUGGGCAAACCACAACCAAAUCUUCACAAAUGUCGGCUUAUCGAUCGCGAAAUACCCGUACUUCUCCGCCCAAACCAAGGGCCUCGAUAUCGAGGGGAUGUUAUCCUCCUUGGAGACCGCAGCAUCCGGCUCAAUCAUCGUCCUGCACGCAUGCGCCCAUAACCCUACAGGCGUCGACCCAACCCCCGAACAAUGGAAACGCAUCGCCCAAGUCGUCCGCGCCAAGGGCCACUUCCCCUUCUUCGACUGCGCAUACCAAGGUUUCGCAUCGGGAGACCUCGCUCGCGACGCAUGGGCAAUUCGGUACUUCGUCGAACAAGGCUUCGAGACCUGUGUCGCUCAAUCCUUUGCCAAAAAUUUCGGUCUGUACGGUGAACGUGCCGGCGCCUUCCAUUUCAUCUCCGCGCCUAGCCAGGCAUCCAGCACACCAAACAUCGCCAGCCAAUUGGCCAUUCUGCAACGAUCUGAAAUCUCAAAUCCGCCUGCCUACGGCUCCCGAAUCGCAAGUAUCAUCCUAAACGACCCCCAACUCUUUGCCGAGUGGGAGGAAGAUCUACGCACGAUGAGCGGCCGAAUUGCCGAAAUGCGAAAGAGUUUAAGAGCGGGGUUAGAGGCGCGAAAGACGCCUGGGUCGUGGACACAUAUUACGAGUCAGAUUGGGAUGUUUAGUUUUACGGGGUUGAGUGAGAAGCAAGUGCAGAUUUUGAGGGAGAAGUGGCACAUUUACAUGACAAAGAAUGGACGUAUAUCCAUGGCAGGCCUCAACACACAUAACGUCGAUUAUGUAGCGGAGGCCAUUGAUAGCGUUGUCCGCGAGACUCAGUAA